UCUCGCUUUGUCUAUCCCUCUAAAUUCUACAAAAUCUUAAUCUUAACUUAAUAGUUAAAACGAACGAAUGUGUGGCGGUCCCGCAGCCGUCAUCGACUGCGUCCGACAACGAGCGCCAUCUCACAGCACCGGCGAACAACCCGAGCGCACGGCGACAGCGUAAGCAGGGGUCCUCGUCUCUCGCGCGGACUUUUGACGAGAUGAGAGAUCUCCGAGCUCCCGGCCAGAUCGAGCGUGUCUACCCUUGUUCGCUUCAGCUGUGGCCUUUCGCGCUCCAGACCUCAGCCAUCGAUUCAGUUUAUUUAUCAUUGACUUUUAGUUAUCUUUUAUAUUUUUGUGUGAAUAAAGUAAAUAGUUUGUAGUGAAUGUGGUAACUUUUGCUUGGUUCAUUCGUACCUCCCGCUUGAGUUGACACUAAUACUACAACAAAUGUUUUAAAUCACCGCUUCUUAAAAAAAGCAAUAUGGUGCGCGAGCGCUAUUUGAAUUCGUCUGCUCUCUAUUAUUGUGAAAAUGACAACAAUAUGGCUAUUAAUUAUAACGUUAAUAAGUUUUUCUACAACUGUAAAAGCGUCUAUAGGUGAUAGAUCUCAAUUUUACAGUAACUGCAUUAAUAAUUGUCGCAAAGACAGGUGCAUAAAUGCUGUGGAAUUUAAGGAAAAUCCUCCUCUAAAUUUAAGACUACUUCAUUGGACUUGUAAAGAAGAUUGCAGUUACUCAUGUAUGUGGGAAACCGUUCACUUUUUCACUUCUCGAGGGCUACAUGUGCCACAAUUUCAUGGAAAAUGGCCUUUUAUCCGGAUGAUUGGUUUACAAGAGCCAGCAUCAGUGAUAUUUUCAAUUUUAAAUUUCUAUGCCCACGCAACUUAUUACUUAAAAUUUAAGAAAGAAGUUAGUUCUUCGUCACCGAUGUUCUUUAUUUGGACUUGGUUUACAGCAAUUUGUUUACAUGGAUGGUUUUGGUCAGCUGUUUUCCAUGCUAGAGAUAAAGAUUUUACUGAAGUUAUGGACUAUUCCUGUGCAUUUGCUAUAGUUCUUACAUUGCUAUAUUGCUUACUUUUAAGACUGUCAUGUAGAGAUGGAAUUGGAAGCAAAGUCUUUACACUUAUAACAGGCAUUUAUCUUGCUGUUUUGUAUUCUCAUUUGACUCAUCUAUGGUCUGGACGAAUUAAUUAUGGAUACAAUAUGAAAUUUAAUAUAGUAGUUGGAUUUCUAACAUUCAUCAUCACGAUGAUCUGGUGGUACAGGAACCACGAAAGACUACCUCAUGUACAUUUAGUAGGAUGGUUUACUGUCCUCACAGUUUCUGUGACUUUAUUGGAAGUUGCUGACUUUCCUCCAAUAUUUUGGAUCUUCGAUGCCCAUUCUUUAUGGCAUGCUUCUACAGUGCCACUUGUGAAUCUAUUGUACAGAUUUAUAAUUAUGGAUUGUCAAUACCUAAAAAGACAAUACUUGAAAUUAGAGGCUGAUAGACUGUGAUGGUAAAGUGAUGAUAAAAGUGAAAUCAAGUGAUUUUGUAGAAAAAAAUUUAUUUUUAAUUAUAAUAAUGUAGAUAAUAUACAUAUUUUUUGUUUUGCA